AUGGAAAUUUACUUCGAAUAUGUCAAGGCCAGGGAUAUGCAAAUCAACGACUUCUUCAAGGAGUUGCUCCCGAACUCAAACAUCAGACUAUCAACCUUCCCCGCUGUCAUCCUUAAAUACAAGGUGAGCGGAAGCACAUUCCAUACCUCGACAUCACAUGCACCUCCAGACGUUCCCCCAGAAAUACCCGUUGAUGUGACACCACUAGCAACUCAAGUACCACCUGUACCAGAGGAAGGCCAAGAUGAAGAUCUUACUCCAGAACCGCCACAACCCGAGCAUGAUCCUACUCAGUCCCCUAUCUGUCCACCACCGCCAGUCCCAGUAGUAGCUACUAGUCCAGCACCAAUCCCAGCAAAACCAACUCCUACGACUGAGCAAUCAACUCCAGCACGAACAUCACCCGCAAGAAGCACUACAAGAGAACCGCAGGCCGUAUACUUCAAUCAUCUACUUCUCAACCAGCAGCAGUAG